UUCAACGCUGACCUAGGAGCUAUGGACCAGCAAUUCUGUCUACGCUGGAACAAUCAUCCGACAAAUUUAACCGGUGUCCUCACCUCCCUGCUGCAACGAGAAGCACUUUGUGAUGUUACUCUGGCCUGCGAAGGUGAAACAGUAAAGGCUCAUCAAGCCAUACUAUCAGCAUGCAGUCCAUAUUUCGAAACAAUAUUCCUGCAAAAUCACCAUCCACACCCAAUAAUCUACUUGAAGGAUGUCAGAUACUCAGAGAUGCGUUCCCUGCUGGAUUUCAUGUACAAGGGCGAAGUCAAUGUCGGCCAAAGUUCAUUACCGAUGUUCCUCAAAACAGCCGAAAGCCUGCAGGUGCGCGGUCUCACAGAUAACAAUAACUUAAAUUAUCCUUCCGAACUUGACAAACACCGCGAUGCAGACAUUUCAUCGCCCACUGGACGAACAUCAUAUGGUGCGGGAGGCGCCAGCGGUCCAGGUUUGGGUAUGCGCGGUGAACGCGAAUCACGUGAUCGAGGUCGCGGAGAAAUGCGCGACGACCUGCAUUCACAUCGCAGCAGCAGUAGUCUUAGUGAACGUAGUUCGGCGACAGCAGCCGCUGUGGCUGCAGCCGUUGCCGCAGCAAGUGGAAAUGCCAGUUUACAAUCUGCCGCAGCAACACUUGGCCUAACUGGCGGCGAACGAUCUCCUAGUGUUGGCAGUGCCAGUGCAGCAGCUGCAGCAGUCGCAGCUGUUGUUGCUGCCGCAGCCGGUCGAAGUGCCAGUGCCGAUGUCUUAAAUAGUCGCGCUGACGCCGGCAGUGAUCGCGGUAGCGAUCGCGGCAAUGACAACAGUGUUUGUGGUGGUAGUGUAGAUCGUGGUGGUGUUGACGAACGUCGCGAUGAUCUGGGACAAAUAGAUUACAGCAAUCAGAGUAAGAGAGACCGCGACAGAGAGGUGUCAACCACACCAGAACAUAUUAUUAGUAAUAAAAGAAGACGUAAGAACUCAUCUAACUGUGAUAAUUUGUUGACCUCGACCCCAAAUGUGAAUGUACAGGACAGGCAUUACGCUCAAGACUCUCAGGCACCCUCCAAUUUUAAAUCAAGUCCCGUGCCAAAAUCAUCGACUGGCGGUGGUGGUGGCGGCAACACAUCAGAAACAGAGGACUCAGGAGGGCGUCGAGAUUCUCCCCUAUCAGCUGGUGCUCUCAGCGGAGGCGGCAAUGUCAAUGCAUCGUCUGGCGGCAUGGGUCUAAAUCAAUCGCUGAGUAUUAAACAAGAAUUAAUGGACGCCCAACAACAGCAGCAACGCGAACACCAUGUCUCAUUGCCCCCAGAAUAUUUGCCGCCCGGAGCAUUGAAGCACUCCGAAGAUAUGGCAUCAUUGCUAUCAAGUCACUCCAUGCAAGCGGCUGACUCACGCGAGGAUCACAACGAUGCAAAACAGAUGCCCUUCGACCAGUCCGACAACAUUGAUGGUGAAAUAAUUGAGGGUGGUGGUGAUGGCCUAAGGGGAGGUGGAGGAGGAGGGGGCGUCGUCACAGAAGCCGGCCACGGAGAAAUGGGAGCAGUAGGCGAAGACGGUGAUGACAUGGAGAAAGGCUGCGGCAGUGCUGCUGCUGCCACUGACACGCAGCAUCAUAACAUGCACAGUGUGCAGCGUACAGGAAAAAUUGAUGACGUUGGAGAUAACGAUGGUGGUGGUGGCGGCGACGAUGACGAUGACAGCAAUGGAAUCCUCCCAGCAGAUGCCCGAGCUCACCAUCAGCAACAACAGCACUGUCGGCGAAUUCUCUCCAGACACGAUGGCGAUGACCAUUACGCCGAUGUCACAGAAGUGGCAGUGGAUGUCGACAAUGACGAGAUCAACAUGAACAACAACACCUACAACUGUCAGUAUAAAAGCGAUGACUUAAGCCUAACGAAAAUCCGAUGUCAUCAGCGAGAGGUGUACGGCCACCAUCAGGAGGCAUCACAUUUGGAGCACGCAUCGCAACAGCCGUCGACGUCACAUCGCCACAUGCAUCAUCAUCAUCACCACUCACACCAUCAUUCGCUUCAUGAAAGUCAUGUGGCGCACCAGCAGCAUGUUGCAGCGGCACCCCAAAGCGUCAUCAACUUGGGCCGGUGUGGUUCAUCCUCGCUGGACACACUGGUGGCAGCCGAAGCAGCUGCGGCAGCACUCUCGCCCACUGCGUCUAGCACCUCGUCGGCCUCGUUGCAACACCAGCAGCACAUGUACGCUUUGCAACAGCAUCACCAUCACGGCCAGGAGCAGCAGCAGUCGGGUUUGCACCAUCAUCACCACCAUGCCCAGCAACACGGCAGUGGCGCCCAACACGUUGCCAACUAUCAUCACGGUCACCAUCCGAAACUGCAUCCCUGCACGAAUACCUCAAUGGUCUCGUCGACAGCAAUACCAUCGGCCGCCCACGACAGCGAGCACCUCACCAACACAUCCUCAUCGACGUCAUCGGCAUCGUCUGCUGCAGCUGCAGCGGCAGCUGCGGCCGCUGCCAACAGGCGCGAUCACAACAUCGAUUACUCGCUACUGUUCGUGCAGUUGUCGGGCACGCUGCCAACGCUGUACCGUUGUGUCAGUUGCAACAAGAUCGUUUCGAAUCGUUGGCACCACGCCAACAUUCACAGGCCCCAGAGUCAUGAGUGUCCUGUCUGCGGACAGAAAUUCACGCGUCGAGAUAACAUGAAAGCCCAUUGUAAAAUUAAGCAUGCCGACAUAAAAGAUCGUUUCUUCAGUCAUUAUGUACAUAUGUGAUCAAUUUUAUAUGUAGUCAAGUAAACAGUCAACGUU